AUGAUCAGCCGUCUCCGGCUGUUACAGACACCAUCGAAUAUGAAAACAAUACAAAAAAAUAUCCUGGGACUUCUUGUAAUCUUUUUCGUAUCGGCAAAAUUGUCAGGUCAGACAACUAGUCCAUCACACGCUGAGUCCCCAACGGUCCAGCCAGAUGAGGGCGCAUCCCACUUCAUGUCUGCCUCCACCUCCAGACCCAUCUCCCAUCCGUCUGGAGAAGCAGCCACAUCUGGUCCUGCACCCCAGGAGGAGGAAACCUUCCCGCCCUCCGCUACAACGCUCCCCUCCCUGACAGAGACCAUCCACACCAGUGCUUCCAACCCGGUGCAGUCCACUGCCAUCACUGGAGGAGGAGAAGGAGAGGGAGGAGGAGGAGACGUGACUGCUGGGAAAACAUUGGGCUUCUUCUCCACUCUUGGGAGGAUCCCUGAUCAGAGUGACUCAACUCUCAGCACAAAGCCAUUCUCGUACACAGUUAGCCCAGAAAAGGCCACUACCACUACAGGGCCAGUCACAACAACCACCACAUCCUCGGCCAACCAGACUGACAGUGAUGACUUGACCACACACACCUCAACCUCCUCCCUGCUGACCACCCCAGCCAUGCCUCAAUCUACCCUCAUCCCUUUGUUCACACAGACAACACACCAAUCCACCCAACAGGCAUCAACUGCAAAGACAGAUAUCGAAACUACCUCCCUCCCAGCACCACCAGCACCAACACCUACCCCUACACAACUCCUCAGGUCAGAGUCCCCCCAGCCACCUGAUCACCUGACCAUGGCCCCGCCCCAACAGGAAGAGCCUUCCCAGCUGGAUGUUGGGGAUGAGGAUGCAAAACACGAAGGACACCAUCCUCCCUCCCCCUUGGACCCCCUCCUGGCAGGACUGGUUUCUGUUUUCAUCAUAUGCACUGCAAUAGCGUCAGUCCUGCUCUUCCUCAAAUUUCGCCAUCGAAAUGAACAUCCAGAAUUUCACCGACUUCAGGAUCUUCCAAUGGAGGACCUACUGGAAGACGCUCCUCUCUCGAGAUACACCUACUAGCCAGUAAACCUCAAGUCAGGCUCUGACAGAUGGUCACAGGGUACACAACCACUGCCAUCACCAAUCUUUUCCUUUUUUAUCAAUGAGGGAACUCACUCAAACAAAAUAUGCGUUACCACCUCAACAUCAUACUCUUCACAAUCACUGAUGCAGGUACUUCAACAUUCAAUAAUUAACCUAAAGAGGUAAUAAUUUUAUAAAUAGCUUCCUCAUUUUGGAGGAGUAUUUAUAGAGUGCAACACUUAGUAGUGGCCUUUCUUGUUAUUGGGGCACCUUAAACCACUGGGUUGUAUAAAUGGGCCAAUUUAGUCAAAUGACCCAGAUGAUGCCUGGAUUAUUGGGAAUUAUCUGCUCGAAAAUGCAGGGAGGGGAAUAGCACAAAAGACAAUGCUGGUCAUUAUGUUAUUUUUAUCUUGAGAUAAAACAUUGUUGUAUAUAUGGUUAUCUGUAAAAACUAGGAUUGCGAAUCAUCUUGGGAUUUGUGAUUUUGAUGUAUCUUAGCUAAAUAAUGGUUUUGAGUCUUUAUUUCACUGGUAAUAAGAAUGUGGCAUUAGUGAGUGUGUGCCUGUCUUGCAGUUGUCAAUUUCAAACAGAUAAAUGUGGCAUUAGAUUGAAUGACCGUUGUUUAUUUAUUUUUAGAGUGAGCAUAUUCUCAAAAUAUCUGGAGAAAGCAGCAGUUUCAUUAUUGAUCAAGAGUGUCAAAAUGGUCUCAGGCCUGUUGCCUUCAUCAGGUUUCCAUGGAGCUUGUUGCCAUGGUAUACAUCCAGAGAUACCAGAGCCAAAGUCAUAGGCCUAUGUUGAAUAUGCCUACAAUAAAAAAAAACCUUAGUAUAGAAAUAGUUUCUGCAGUGCCUUUAAAGGCUCAAGGAUGAGAAAGAAAUAUAGAGGUUGUCAAUAAAAUGAGACCUCACUUUGCAAAGAGUGACCUCGAUUUAUUACAUCGUGUGUUCAUGUAGUGUACACACCUUUACCUAAAACAUUAGCUGAAGUUACUUAAGUUGUGUGCCCAUGCUUUGUAUCUCGUGAGCACCAUUUAAUGAAGUGUGGCCACGAUUUUUAAAACAUGGUUACGUUAUUGAACAAUCAUGAUUUAUUCUUUGCCAUCAGUAUAAUGUGAGCACAUUUUACCAAGCGUAGGCACGCUUUAGUAAAUUUUGUAAAUUUAAGGUGGGCACGGUUAUAUUGCAGUGAGCGCACGGUUUUCACAAAUGGUGCACACAAUUUAGGUAAACGUGCACACGCUUCAAUUAGAUGUGCGUCCAACUUCAAGUGAGAGCAUGGUCUACAAAGUGAGAGAACGCCUUCUUGACAACCCCUAAAAAGAUAUCAUUUGGUCUUUCCCGGGCUCCGUAAGUUACAGUGUUUCCUGUCCUGGGGUGUUAUCAUCAUGCACACCUCCCAAACUAGUUAUAGUUAUUCCAGUUAUACUGUACAUUAGCAUAUGGUGUUAGGUCCAGGCGAUAGCUCACAGGACUAGGAUUAUCUAGCACAACAACUCCCCAAGAACCCCAAAGAGAGGAUCAUGAAAAUAAACUGUGAUAUUAAGUCCCACGUUUAUUUUGUUGUCCUAUUUUAAAAUGGCCUUAGUGUGAGGGUUUUGACUAGUCUAGUUUGAAGUGUUUGUAUGAUGUGAUGUCAAGGCAUGUCCAUCAACAUAGUGAACAGAUACAUUGUACAAUGCCACUGCUCUCUAUACUGAGCUAUUGUGCUGUAUUAUGUGCUGUGCUGUGUUUUAAUCACUGGUUCUAUGAUUGAAUGUAUGGUUGAUUAGAAAUAUGCAAAAUGCACAUUGCUUACUUGAUUCUAGGUUGCACUUGUUAUUUCAACAGUCAACAGUCAUUGUUAGGUCACUUGUUGCCUCAGACACCCCCAUCUAAUCUCUAAUUAAACAACAACUUCAAACUUCCUGUGUUAAGUGCCAAAAUGUGUGAAAACGCUAAUAUAUACAAUAUAUAUAUUGUAUGAAAGCUCAGUCUUAGAAUUGUGUUUGUAAUAAAAUAAGU